AUGCCAAACCCUUCCGUUCCCCAAACCUACGAAAUCAGGCCUGACCCUCAGGCUCUAACCGGCAAUAAGGAGGAUCCCAGCCAAAACGCCUCUACUGGUGUUGACUAUGAACCUCAUCCCGAGAAGAGUAUUCAGCUUGAGCCGGAAAGAGAAAAGAUUGUGAAAUCAAUCUGUGCCUUGUACUCUGGUAGCGCGAGCGAGGAUGAUAUGCAGGUGUAUGCCGAGCAGGCCGUUUACGACGAUCCAUGGUCAUACUGCGAUACUCGCUACAAGAUCGCCGGCCAAUGGUACGGCAUUCCCAAGGUGAUGGCCAAGUCUCAGACAAUCAAGACUGAAGUCGUCGAGUCAAAGCCCGAUCGCAUCAUCUUCAAACUCCAGCAAGAAUACACACCGAGAAUCAUUCACUUCUCUAAGCCGGUGAACAGUCUGAUCACUCUGACGCUUGACGAUCAAGGUAAAGUCAAGUACCACAAGGACAUGUGGAACGAAAAGGACUACUCGCAUGAAGGCUUGGGCAAGGUCAUGAAGACGCUCAACGGUGACCAUUUGACCAAGAUCACUCAGCCGCCGAAGACCUUGUAG